CACAGUACACAGAGCGCACGUUGCAUUGCGCCGGCGUACACAUUGUUAUUGUGUUAAUUGUGUACAUCUGUGAGGACAAGCGCUCUGAACAGUAUGAGGAAAAAUGCCUGAUUGUCAUAUACCGAUGGAUAUCACUGGAUUUGUAAAGUCUACCCUGCACAUUAAGGCAGACCACUGUUAACUGCAACUAUGUAAAUGUCUCGCGCGCGCACUGGAUCGGAAUAGUCGCGCGGAGAAACAAGGAUCUCAUUUAUCACGAAAAAUGACGAUACAGCGGACGUACAGCUUAUAACGCUACAAAAGGCAAGACUGAAAAAAGCAAAGAGGAUGAGGAUACCAUCACCAGGCUCUCUUCGCUCAGCCCCAGAUGCCUCCGCUCCCUCUUGACGAGCGCAUAGUGGUUAUUCAGCGCCCCAAAAGUUUGGCCUUGCGCGUGGCCUCCCCACCAACCACUUCACAGUCUUCCUCACACCGCCCAGCCACUCACAACAAGCCCCCACCCCACUUACCACAACCCCAACCCCCACCACCCCAUUUCCAUCCAGGUUCCAACUACCUGUCUCUGGAAUGCAAGCACAGACAAUCAUCCCAUGUUCAGAGAGAUAAAGGAGAACCAGAUGCUCCCUUUGAGGGCAGCAGCCACAAUGCUAGCCAUUGUCACAGCAAUGGGAUAGUAACUUUAGGUCCAAGACCUCACAAGCACACACAUACCAUUGACAUUAGAGUGUCUUUGGACAAAGGUGUAAGAGGAGAAUCCUACAUAGACAAAAGCCGCAGCAGUAGUCUUACCCGAAGUGGAAGCAUCAAAGGGAACAGAACUAAACGGGUGUCACUGCACUUGGAUCCAGGGCGAAGUGAAAGGAAAUGCAAAGGAAAGUCUUCUGAAUUAGUGGAGAAGCAUCACCAGAACCAUAAUCAGAGUCAAAACCGGACUCCGCACAGCAGCCAUCAUCCGAACCAACUCACAGUCUCUCCUGGAGGGAUCUUGGAAUUUGUACCAGCGCAGAGACAGCAGUCAAAAUCCAAGCCAACAAGAGAGAGAGACCUGUCAUUAAAGUCUUGCUCUGCAACUGCCAGCCACCCAUUGCACAGUGAUAGGGACGUAUCAUCUGUAGGAAACAAAGAAAACUCCAAACUGGGACCCGGCCACCAACUGCCCCACACCCACAGCGUAUCCCAUCACCACAGUUCAGCCCCAUUACCCCAUGCUGCCAUCCUAAGCCCACACUAUCCUGCUGUACCACCCUCGCUCCCUCCCCGAGGCCCUUCCUCCUUCCAGCACAUCAGUCAACCCCGUCCCUCACGCCCUAGAGAACAUCGGCCCCAAAUUCUUCACGCUUUGCCCCUCUCCCCUACUUCCUCCCAAGGAGGCUUCCCCAGUCCUGACCACACAUGUACGAUUGACUUUUCCCACCCUUGUGGCUGUUGGAGGUUAGUUCGUUGUAGAAGAGGUAGAGGUCACUCGGCUGGCUGCCACGGUCAUAGUACAAGCCCAUCCUCUUCGUUUUCCCACGCCCAAGGAACAAGUGCUGCCAACGGAGGUGACGGAACCAUGGGAUUGAAGACUUUAGGAGGGUGUCUGUCCACUGCUUCCACCACCAACACCUCCUCUUCCAACAGCACUGUCUCGGACUGUCGCACAGGGCUGCUCAGACCUUUGGGUUGUGCAUCCUGUUCUGGAGAAGCUGGAGCUUUUGAGAGCCCUGCUGCUUUCCGUAAGAAGCUGGUUGGGGGUUGUUUACCCUGUACUCCCCUUUCCUCAUCUGCACCUCUUCGAGCACUCCAGAGUUGCGUUAGUGGGUGCAAUCCCAAAGCAAGCCAAACUGGAAGCUCCACGUGCAGUUACUGCAGUAGUGACCCCAUUGUAGUGACCUUUAACCCGCACAGAGGGAAUCCUCCCAAUAUGGGGCGUAAUAUGGGUGCACAUACCGUGGGAGGAUACCAGCCUGAUGAUGACGAUUACAGUGUACGCACAAUCUGGCCGGAGGAGCUAGCAAAAAAGAUGACUCGCUCUAAAACCCAACCUAUCCAUCACAAUGCAAGUAUUGGAAUGGGCUCAGGGAGGACCUGCAUGGGCCACAACCAGAAAAGUGGCAAUCCUGUAAUCCUGGACUGUCGGAACCUUAUGGAGUUCACUCGUUCCCAGCUGACAGAUCAGGCAGGGCGACGGAGGCUCCAGCAAGGCAAGAUGGCAGUUUUGGACUUUAUCGGAUCAGGGAAUAGUGGAGACCAGGGUAGAGAUUCCCUCAAGCGGCUUUGGAACAAAGGAGCAGAUGCUUGCAUGGGGGAUGGCAACGGGUUUGAUGACGAAGUGCUUCCACAAUCCCCAUCCCUCCACUCUCCAUCUCCAGAUUCUCCUCCAUCGUUCUCACCCCCACCCUCUGCUCCUAGCACACUUAUUAAACCCAAACCCAAACAGCGAGAGAGGGAGGGUGGACACACCUUACCCUCGGCCCAGUCGCUCCACUUGGUCCUCAACUCACUCAACAGAGAACAAGAUGAGGAAAAUGGAAGAGUGCAUCUUUCCCUCCCUCUUUCCUCAUCCCUCCCAGCUUCACUAUCUGAGGAGAGUGUCAUGACCCCAGAUGUGGAGAAUGCUGUGAUCAGCCCCAUCCUCCCUUUCCUUUUUCUUGGCAAUGAGAGAGAUGCACAGGAUUUGGAUCUACUGCUUCGUCUCAACAUUGGUUUUGUGGUCAAUGUCACAACCCAUCUUCCCCUCUACCACCUGGACACAGGCUUGGUGCGUUACAAAAGGCUACCUGCCACUGACAACAGCAAGCAGAACCUGCGACAGUAUUUUGAAGAGGUUUUUGAGUUUAUCGAGGAAGCUCACCAGUGUGGACGGGGCGUUCUUGUGCACUGCCAAGCAGGUGUGUCCCGCUCAGCUACUAUAGUCAUUGCUUACCUGAUGAAGCACACCCUCAUGACCAUGACUGAUGCCUAUAAGUAUGUGCGCAGCCGGCGGCCAAUAGUCUCCCCCAACCUCAACUUCAUGGGCCAGCUGCUAGAGUUUGAGAGAGACCUCAACUCUGGGGUAACACCUCGCAUCCUCACCCCAAAACUGAGUGGCCUGGAAACACAAGUUUAAAAGGGCGGUACAAGAAAGAAGAUUGUGAGAAAACGAGAGGGGAAAGGGAGAUAAAUAGAAGAGGGAAUUGAUGGACAGAAAUGGAUGGAUAAAAAAAACAAGGGUAAGAAUAAAGCCGUUUAACGAGAACAAACAGUUGAGGAUUUGAAGAGAGGUGACAGAAAUAACUAGAAGAUGAAAGCAGUCCAAAAGAAAUAGAUGAAAUGGUAUAUUUUAAUUGAAGUAUCUCCACACUUUCUGUUCCAUAUAAAUAGCACUUAUUUGACAGUUGGCAAAUGAAUGUUUGUGCUACCCACCCUGAUUCUCUGUUAAUUAUGUGCCAAGUUUUAAUUCAAAGAAUGAGUCAGUUCACUUAAAUUAUUACCAUAUUACUAUUAUCAAACUUGGUUAAAUACAAACGCUGUAUAAAAGUAUUUGGGGGGGAAACAAAUGCAAUCAAAGAACACUCUGGCUGUCAAGCACAGAAAAAGAUCCGAUGUGUUGAGACUCUCAGAACUGUGACAUGCAUCACAUUCGAGACCCAAGAGCUGUAGCAAACUUCAAACUCCCUUUCCACUGUGCACAGAACUUUUCUAGACAGAUUAUUUUUGAUUUGGGAGUUCAUUUGAAGGCACUUUUUGGGUUACUUUGCGUUAGCUGCCAACUAUUUAUAAAUUUGUCCACUGACAUGAAGAUUCAUUUUGCCUUUGAAAUUUUUUCGAUACUGCUAUUUUUGUUACUUGAUUUUACAUCUUGGAUUCUUUAUCUUAGUGUCUUUGUGUGGGAGGUGUGCAAUAGUGUUGAUGCGGACGUGGGACUGAUUUAAGCUAUUUUCACUUGGACAGUGUUUCUCUAAUGGACUUUUUUUCUUUUGCAUGGGACAUGAACCAGCCAUUCUGAUGGCAGAUCUAAUCCAAAAAUCAUAUAUUUAUUUUUUAUUUCUUGCUUAUGAUAUUUAACAAAUGGCAAUUUGUAUAAAGCAAUGUGUAAUGAAAAAAAAGUGUUAGAAGGAAAAGUGGAUAAUAGACUAUAAAAUAGUUUUUUUAUUCGACUCACUAUUUAUUUUACUUUGGGCAGGCAGCAAUGACUUAAAAUUACUCCAAUUAUUUUUUAUUAUUAUUGUGCUUUCUGUAUGUGUUAUUAUUAUUAUUUAUUUUUUUGAGCUGCAGAUGCUGAUAAGAUAUUGAGGAAGACAUCUUGUGGAAUUGACCUUAACAUUUUUAAUAAGAUUUGUACACUGCUUAUUUCUGUGCGAAAUUACUGUGACUGGAGCAGAUCAACAUUAAUCUCACUCUUUAAUAUGAGCUAAUUUUGCAAUUCAAAAUUUCACACAAAGGUGAUAAGUAGAUAUUUAUAGUUUAUGCAAAAUCAGCAGGAAAGUUCCAAGGUCAUGCAGGUGUAGCUAAAACAUGAAGUGUUUCCGUCAUUUGCUUUUCUGUCAUAUUCAGUUCAUUGCAUAAGAAAAAUGAACACCCUUUCAGCUUUAAA